AUGCCAAAGUGGCGCGUGCGGCCCAUGAUCGACGGAUGCUGGACACCACCCUACCAAGCAGUUCGGGAUGGGGACCUCUUUCGAGUGGACCACCGACGCCAAGCAGCGGAGGAUGGGGCCCAACUUCAACUCCAGUGGACCUUCAUUGUGAGUUGGGUGAAGAAGCGGGAGACAUAUGAGGACAAGCUACGGGCGAAUGCGCAACGCAUGAGUGGCAAGUGGCGACGGAGUGCUGUGGGGUUGAUCCCCUCCACUAACCGCAGCCUCCUGAAGGCUACAUGCACCUAUGUUUGGCGAGUGCCUGUGGAACAACUCAGUGAGGACGACUACCGCGACCGCAUCUUGGAAAUCGUCGGACAACCAGCGACCAAGUGGACACCCACCAAGUCAGACAUGCAAACCUACUGUCGGGCGCUGAGUGUCGACCCCCAUGGAGACGUGACAAGUCGCCUGGUGUCAUUUAUGGAGCGGGUUGAUGACGUCAUCGACGAGAACGGCCUACCAACGCGUGUCACACCCAGCUACCUACGCGACAGAGUGGAAAAGCAAAUGAAGACCGUGCCGGCAAACGAUCUGGUGGCCUUUGCGGAUAUCUUAUGCGAGCAGCUUGACCGAACGCAUGAUGCGGACAUGGUCAAUCAACAAAGAAACAGCUAUGGUUCGAAGCGUGGCCGUGAAGAAGACGACCAAGGACGCCGCACUACGAAACAUGCGAAGAAAGCCAACCAAGCUGUUCGAGAUCAGCGGGAAUUACGAGGAAAUCACCCACGUCCACCAGGUGGAUACAUCAAGCCGGAACGAAGUGCGGCGGUGUGGUCCCCGUCGACACAAAAGCGAGCGGGGGACUCACCAGCCACAAUUUACGGACCGCAAGCGAACUCGCGCCCAAGACACGACGACCGCCAUGUCCAAGCUGUGCGUGAUGAAGCACGCCCUCAAUUUGCACCCGGCCGGGAUGACCGCGGCAUGCUGUGCUUUGUCUGCCAGCAGCCAGGACACAUGGCCCGGGAAUGUCCCAACAAAAAGGACGGGGAUAGCGGCGAUACAGGCUGGAAGAAGGGCAAGAACGCCGUCAAGCGGUUCAAAGCGCGGGAACGCAAAGCGAACAUGCAAGCGAAGCGAAUGAAGAAACCCCCACCACCCAGCAAGGAGGAUGAUGGACGUUGGGUGCAGCUGAACAGUGUGCUGGAAGUCCCAUACUGCCCGGACACUGGCGCAGACCAAAACAUUGUGCCACAAGCCAUGGUGGAUGAACUUCAAGCGUUACAGCCACAACUUCAAGUUGUCAAAUUGGCUGCGCCAUUUGUGGGAACAGCAUGCAAUCAGAUGCCAUUCGAAGCGAGCUCCUACGUGGACCUUACGCUAACAAUGCAGACGGCCGCUGGACCAGUCAAGGUGCCAGACAAGCGCCGCUGCUAUGUGGUCAACGACGGAGAUGAAUUCCUCGUCUCGGAUGACACCCUCAAGACCAUUGGUAUCGACGUUGACCGCCUGCUGGAACAGGUGGCGCGCCUGCAAGUGGAUGAGGACGGCGAUGACCUGGACAAAGUUGGUGGCGAUUGCGUGGAAUUGCCCCAACGAUCGGCCGUCAGAGCUGCGACCAUGAAGGCGGUGCUACCGGCAGCCAAGAAUGAAGUCGAGGAAGCCUUGCAAGGCAUGAUCGACGGCGCAGUCGAUAACGGAUUUCCAAUGGAACAUGUUAAGUACUUGUGGGAUGUGCUCAGCAAGCAUGACAUCUGGCGAAUCAAGUUCGACGGGUCAGACCCACCGGCGAAGGUGAAGCUGUUGAAGGUGACCCCGAAGGAUGGGAAGGAAGCACAACCUCCUGGAGGAGAGGUUCCUCAAGUUGUUUGCGACAAGAACUACUCGAUGCGGGCGUGA